AUGGGAGCUAUGAACAUUGGAGAUCCAAAGUUUAAAGUACCCCGCAUCGCCUGGACCAUUCCGGGAGUAGAUCUAUCAUGAGCUUCCGAAAUCCUCUGUCGUUCACAGCAGGUUUUGAUAGACAAGCUUCCUCCAAUACGGAGCUUCUUUGCGAAUGACUUCUCUCUUCUUCACUUGGGACACUUCCGCAGCAUUAUUUAUUCCUCAAAAAAAUGAUCAAAUGCUGACCGGGACGUUCAACAGGGCUCCGCUAUCAACCCAGAAGACAUUAACCGGUUCGAGUUCACGCCAGUAUAUGAGCAUCCCGAUGCCCAAGUCGACAUCGUUCUUGUCCACGGACUAAAUGGACAUCCCCGAGAUACGUGGACCUCGAAGAAGAACAAAACCUUCUGGCCAAUAGAUCUCCUACCGGUUACGCUGAAGGGAGCGAAGGUGAGACUAUUGGUUUAUGGCUACAAUGUGGAUGUUUUUGGCUUGGGAAAGAGCGGACCUAGCUCCGACAAGAUAUAUCAACAUGCGCAAACCCUUGUCACCACUCUUGCACUGCACCGAGAAAUGGAGAACGCCAAUAAUCACCCGAUUAUAUGGAUUGCACAUAGUUUGGGAGGCAUUCUUGUCAAACGAGCUCUAAAUUACUCGCAGAGCUUAAUGCACAACAAUGCUGAUGAUCAGAGAUCUAUCUACAUCUCGACAUAUGGAAUCAUGUUUCUCGGCACACCGCACCUUGGUUCCGAUGCAGCAAAAUGGGGACUGUUGCUACAGCGAAUGGUUAAAGCAUUAAUUCCAAAGAAAGCUUUCCACUCGGAAAACCAAAUGGUCAAGACACUACAAACCAACAGUGAGAUCCUCCAGGAAAUUAACCUCAAAUUCCUCGAGAUAUAUCCAAAGUUUCAAAUCUGCAUGGCCCACGAAGGCCUCGAAACCGAUCUGCAUGGCACAAAAGCGUUCAUUGUUGACCAGACCUCUGCAAGUCCCAUGCUUAAUGGAGUAGCUUAUUUUGGAAUUGAAGCAACUCACUCUGGGAUGUGCAAAUUUGACAGCAAAAAUUCUCCCGGCUAUGCCAAUGUCGCUGGCAGCGUCAAAAAAUGGGUCGAAGCGUCACCUCCAGUUAUUGAGGCACGUCGUCAAAAGGAGAUACAAGAUAGAAUUCGGAUCAGGCAACAGGAAGCUUCCGAAUUACUCCCAAGAUUUGGCAAUGUAUGUAUCCUCACGAAAUCUCCAUGAAAUUCCACUGGACCAAUUACUUAUUUCUCCUCAGCAACCUCCCCGACAAUCGUCUACAGGCGGCAAUACUCCCGGUACGUCACACGUGAAUUUUUCACCUGCAGAAAAUCGACAAUCUUCUGGUUUCAUUGAAGCCGCUCCUUCAUCGAGACCGAGAUUUGAGUUUGAGGCUGCCGAGUAUGAGGAUGCGGAUGUUGAGAUGGCUGGUAAUCGUUAA